AGUGCAUUGUCUGCUUCUCAUUACCUCUUCUCUACAAAGUCGUCUCUCACUUAUCUCUCUGAUCACUCUCGUACUUGCAUGAUUAUUGUCAUUAUAUAUGAUCUUAAUUUGCAGUGUUUUUCUAAGUUUUCUUUCCCAAAUCAUGGUACAAUGCAAGAAAUUCAGAGGCGUCAGGCAACGCCAGUGGGGCUCUUGGGUGUCUGAAAUUCGCCACCCUUUACUGAAGAGGAGGGUAUGGCUAGGGACAUUUGAGACAGCUGAGGCAGCAGCAAGAGCAUAUGAUCAAGCAGCUAUAUUGAUGAAUGGACAGAAUGCCAAGACCAAUUUCCCAGCAAGUCAUCUUGAUCAGGACACUAAGCUCGGCAAAGAUAACAACUCUCCCUUGCCUGCCAAGGCACUGGCUGAGCUUCUCUACUCAAAGCUAAGGAAGUGUUGUGGAAAAGACCCUUCUCCUUCACUCACUUGUCUAAGGCUCGACAAUGAUAACUCUCAUAUUGGCGUGUGGCAAAAGAAAGCUGGCUCUUGUUCAAGCUCGAAUUGGGUCAUGAGGGUCGAGCUUGGAAAUAGCAACAGGAAGAGCACACAAGUUAUGGAGGAAUUGCGACCUUCACUGUCAUCAGAAUCAUCGUCAAGAGUUGAGAUUGAACCUGAAAAUGGUACAGAUGAAGAGGAUAAGAUUGCUAUGCAAAUGAUAGAAGAGCUGCUUAAUUGUAAUUAAUAGGUAAUUAAUAGGUAAUUAAUAGACCUUCAUGGAACCUCUAUUUCUUGUGGGGUCUAGACACCGGACCUUCCUUGACCCCUGUUCGUGCCCUACACAGCAGCUAGAUAGUAUGUGAUUCCCUAUAUCUCUAGAUCAUCACCCCAUAUAUACAUGCAUUUGCCAAUUUCCUCACAAA